ACUGUUACGGAAAGUGUGUGUGAAGGCUUUUAUUCCUCUUCAAAUGUUCUCUUCGUUCUCUUUAUGAGUUGCGGUCAGGAAAAAUUUUUUGUUUAACGUAGAAUAAUUCAAAACAUAAGUUUUAGAGAUUGCAAGUGUGAUACAGCAAGAUCACCAUGUCACAAGAAAAAUGUACACAGCGACCAAAACGGGUCAUAACCAAGCCUCCUCGAUACCAGUCAACAUCGUCAGAUGAACAACCCCAGAAGAGACGCUUUGCAGCAUCUGCUACAACUGGUACCAUCCACGACGACAUUGGGGAGAUAACAAGAACUCUGGAAGAGGAAGAUGCACACUCACACCCCAUCCAUACAAACAUACACAAACACAUUACCAACACAAACACAUUUUAUAUCGAAUAAAGAAAACGAACAAGUUUUCUACAGCAACAGUUUGCCUCAGUUGCGAACUCCACAACCAUUGCAGGAGAGAAGCUUCCAAUUUGGGUUGAGUGGCCAGGAUGGUGCAAUUUUCCCUAUGCAGGAUACUCAACAUGAUAAUUUAGAAAAAAGGAGAACGGAAGCACUCUUGAGCAGAAUGGAGGAACGUAUAAGUAACAUGGAGGCUGAAAUAAAGAAAAUAACUGCAGGUAUAAAUAAAAUAUUAAGGUGCGUUCAGGAUCAUCGAUCCGCAGUGCGAAAAUCAGAUGGCUUACCUAUUACAAGUAUGGAACAGAUGCAGGAGUUUGAAGAAUCGGUAGAACAACAUUAUACCGAUGUUGUCAAUUAUUUUCAUUAUAUUGGCGGCUUCACUUUAAAGGAAGCAACCAAUCUUUGCCUCAAAGAGGCUUUGCACGACACACUGGCGUUGUCGUAUACUUGGUUUGGCCGCGAUGAAGGACGUCAACCAUUAUAUAAAACUCGGCUUGUUAAGGCCAUCUAUAGUAAGAAAUAUUUUCAGUCUUCAGAGAGACAGAGAGAGAGAGAGAGAGAGAGAGAGAGAGAGAGAGAGAGAGAGAGAGAGAGAGAGAGAGAGAGAGAGAGAGAGAGAGAGAGAGCUUAAUGAUUUAACGUGAAGAACACACAAGCAUAGCAAUACUAGAAUUUAAGGUAAAACUACAUAGUAACUGUACUGAUCGUGGAGGGUGUCUGUUGGCCGAUCUCGCGCAAUGGAAAUCGCCACGAAAAACUGAGCGGACCGACGCUUAGAAAAAAGUAUAUUCGCGUUCUCCUCAGUGCUUCGUUGCACUCUUUUUAAAAUUUUAGUUUUUAAUUUUUACUUUUGUUUUUUUUAUAUAAUUAUGCAACAUCAUUGCAUUCCUCGCCAUACAAUCUGCGUUCCACGUAUUACGAUAAAAAGAUGAAAAAUUAACAAAGAGAAGUUCUUUAUACGUUUCAAAACAGUAUUCUUAGAAACGAACUGUCAGUAUAUGUUUCGAGUAUUAUUUGCGAUUAAUUAUUCACGAUAGAGAACAAGUCACCUUCGACAUUUCCAUUCUCUUAAAGCUUAUUACGAGUUAUCUUCCGGCGGUGCGCGGAAUACUGGUUGAUUAACGUCUUUUGAAAGAGAAAGUUCACUUGUAUUUCGACUUUCACGUAUUCCUACGCAACCUAUGCAUUACGCUCGAGAAACGAGGGAUAGCACUUGUUUUGCGCACACUUAUCCGUAGAAAUUGCGGUAUGUUGAUUUCGCGAACGACACUGACGAUCGUUCUUAUUUUUGCGUGAAAUAUUCUGGAGGAAAGUUUACAUUACGACUGCGUAUGAUUAUUCCAUCCAUAGUUCACUUCUCGCGAAAACAAGCCAUCCAGCGUUUUUCAAGAGAACUGCGAUUAAUUUCCGGGAGCGUCGAUAAUCACUAUGAUAUUAUAAUAAGCCCAACAAACACAAUGUUACAUGUUAGUUGUAAUUUCCUACUCAACAAUAUAACUGUUACAUAACACGCAUGUUAUAUAACAGUUAUAUUGUUGAGUAGGAAAUUACAACUAACAUAUACGUUAAAUGUAACAUUGUGUGCUGGGAGUGUUAUUGUUGUUGUCAUUAUUAAUAAUCUUAUAUCUACUGACACUAUACUAUCGUGCGUGUCAGUAGAUAUAAGAUUAUUAAUAAUGACAACAACAUUAACACUUAUUAUAUUGCGAAUAAUAAUUUCUUGUGAUUAAAUCUCUGUAUAAAACGUACAAGGAAGAAUUCAAGAUAUUGUAGCUGAUAGAAUUCUAUAAUAGAGAUGGAAGUGACCGAAGAGAGUGUAUUUCUAAAAGUUAUUAUUUGCAAAGAGUAUUUUUCAAAUAUUUUCAAUUAUUUUUUAAUAUUAUAUCAGGAUCCCCCUCUGUAUAAAUUGGUAUAUAUGUUUCAUAUUUGUACAAAAUAAAAUUUAUAUUGUCUACUCACAAA